AUGUCGCUUCGCACCCUCAAAUACGCCGGAGUCGCCGUCGGGGCCGCGCUAGGGCUCUACCUCUCCUUCGUGGCGCUCCUCACGGUUCCUUCGUUGCAGGACCAGGUGAUAUACCUCCAUAGCGUAUCGUUGACCUGGUUCCGCGACCUCAAUGCGCCCGAGCAGUUCGGCUUCCUGCCCAACCAGGUCACCCUUUUUACCCUCGACACCGCUGACGGCGAGCGCCUGCACGCCUGGCACGUCCUGCCGCCAGGCCUUUACCACGAGCACGAGGCUCAGCUAUGCGCCGAGCCCGCCGGCGUCGUCAACGGCAGCGCGAUCGCCCGGCGCCUGGCCUUUCGUCUGCUCCGCAACGACCCAGACUCGCUGCUAGUGCUCUACCUGCAUGGCGCCGGCGGCACGCUGGGCUCGGGGUGGCGCCCGGCGUCGUACCGCGCCAUGUCGGCCGCGUCGCCGCGUCACAUCCACACGCUCGCCAUCGACUACCGCGGCUUCGGCGCCAGCACCGGCCGCCCCUCCGAGGCCGGGCUGCUGGCCGACGCGCUGGCCCUAGCGCGCUUCGCUAUGCACGCCGCCGGCAUCCCGCCCGACCGCAUCGUCGUCUUUGGCCACUCGCUCGGCACGGCUGUGGCGACGGCGCUCGCCCACCGCCUUGCGCACGCCGCGCCCAGUGCAAUUAGCAACGACAAGGUCGAAGGACUGGAUGACGAAUCCCCCGUCUUCCUCGCCGGCAUGGUCCUCGUCGCGCCAUUCACCAGCGUCGAGCAGCUGACCGCGACGUACCGGUUGGCGGGCGUGGUGCCGCUGCUGGGGCCCGUGGCGUAUUAUUUCCCACGCGCCAUGGCGUUUCUGCACGCGUGCAUCCGCGACAAGUGGCCGAGCGCGGACCGGCUGGCGGAGUUUAUACGCGCCGCCAAGGCCCAGCAUCUCAUUGACCGCCCACGGUACCACGUCACCAUGAUCCACGCGCAGGACGACUACGACAUCCCGUGGACGCACGCGGCGGCCAUGUUCCGGCACGCCGCCAACGCGAUGAGCGAUGAUAUGGCGCCAGGCGAGCUCGACGAGUUCCGGUCCGGCGACGUGGUGGAGUGGCGCGCGCCGGCGGGGGUGCUGCGCGCGGUGGCCCCGCGCUUCGGCCUGCACGACCGUAUCAUGGCGUAUCCCGUCGUCAGCCUGGCCGUGCUGCGGGCAUUUGAGAGCGCGGACCAUGGUGGUUGA